AUCUGCACGUGUGCAUGCGCAGUUGCAGCGUGGUAGGUGGAGGAGAAUUUUUUGUUUAUUUUCGUGGCCAGUAAGCGAGCAAGCGCGUUGGAGGUAGCUCACGGCAUUUUUUGCAUUGUAUCAGCGUGUAAUUAGUCGAACGGACAAACGAGGACGACUUUAGCUAGUAUGAUACUGUAACUCUUUCGUGAGGUAGUUUUGGGCCCGACUCAACAGAAGGUUAGCUCGGAAGCUAGCUUCAAAUUGAUGAAUGUAUGUUAGCGGUAGGUGUUAGCAUACGAGCUAGCGAGCUAGCCAAAUAACAUUAACGCAAGCUAGUUAACGUACCACAGUUUAGGUAGAUAAAGACCCUCACAUAUCAUCUUCUACCACUGGGGUCAACACUACUGCGCGGUAAAAUCACGGUUGCCGAACGUAGGCUGCUUUGGAUCAACAGUAAUUUCACCUUGUCACUUCUGCUUGCAAAGGAAUAGAGGAUACAACUGGAAAGCCUCCCUAAGGCUGAAACCUAAGGAGCAAGAUGUCAAUCACAAACACUCCCACAAGUAAUGAUGCCUGCCUGAGCAUUGUGCACAGCCUCAUGUGCCACCGGCAGGGAGGAGAGAGUGAAAGCUUCGCCAAGCGAGCCAUCGAGAGUCUUGUCAAGAAGCUGAAGGAGAAGAAAGAUGAGCUGGAUUCCCUCAUCACAGCCAUCACUACGAAUGGAGCUCAUCCUAGCAAGUGUGUAACCAUCCAGCGAACUUUGGACGGACGCCUACAGGUUGCGGGACGUAAAGGUUUUCCCCACGUUGUCUAUGCACGACUGUGGCGAUGGCCAGAUUUACACAAGAAUGAGUUGAAACACGUAAAAUACUGCCAGUAUGCCUUUGACCUGAAAUGUGACAAUGUUUGUGUCAACCCAUACCACUACGAGAGGGUUGUCUCUCCAGGAAUUGACUUAUCAGGGCUCAGCAUCACAAAUCCAGGUCCACUCUUGGUAAAGGACGAAUAUGACUACGACAACCAGCAAUCUCACUCCAGCUCUGAAAACCACCUGCAGACGAUCCAGCAUCCGCCAUCAAGGCCGGGUCCGCAGGAGACGUUCAGCAGCCCCGCUCUUCUACCCCCAUCGGAGGGCAGCAGUUCAGCUUCAACUUCUGCUUUCUCUACCAUCAGUGCUGGACCUUCAAAUCCUCCCCCCAACUGGAGCAGAGGCAGCAGCUUCACCCCUGCGGUGCCUCAACACCAGAACGGGCAUCUACAGCAUCAUCCACCCAUGCCUCACACAGGACAUUACUGGCCUGUUACCAAUGAAAUUGCAUUCCAGCCCCCUAUAUCCAAUCAUCCUGCUCCAGAAUACUGGUGCUCCAUUGCAUACUUUGAGAUGGAUGUCCAGGUCGGGGAGACGUUCAAGGUGCCGUCCACAUGUCCGAUAGUGACUGUGGAUGGAUAUGUGGAUCCAUCAGGAGGCGAUCGCUUCUGCUUGGGUCAGCUGAGCAAUGUCCACAGGACGGAGAACAUCGAGAGAGCCAGGCUUCACAUUGGCAAAGGCGUGCAGCUGGAGUGUAAAGGUGAGGGAGACGUCUGGGUCCGUUGUCUGAGCGAUCAUGCAGUGUUUGUGCAGAGCUAUUAUCUGGACCGGGAGGCAGGACGUGCUCCUGGUGAUGCAGUUCACAAGAUCUACCCCAGUGCUUACAUCAAGGUGUUCGACUUGCGUCAGUGCCACCGGCAGAUGCAGCAGCAGGCAGCAACAGCUCAGGCGGCAGCUGCAGCUCAGGCGGCGGCAGUGGCUGGGAACAUUCCUGGACCCGGCUCUGUGGGAGGCAUCGCUCCUGCCAUCAGUUUGUCUGCUGCUGCAGGCAUUGGGGUGGACGACCUGCGCAGGCUGUGCAUCCUGCGGAUGAGCUUCGUGAAGGGCUGGGGGCCGGACUACCCACGGCAAAGCAUCAAAGAGACGCCCUGCUGGAUCGAGAUCCAUUUACACCGAGCUCUACAGCUGCUGGAUGAAGUUCUGCACACCAUGCCCAUAGCCGACCCUCAACCUCUUGACUGAGUUAAAAGACACGAACUGUACAAAAAAUGACAAAAGAACAAAAAAAAUUAAAAACAAAUCAGUCUGUACUUUGAGGAGACCACUCCACCUAUAGGCCUGGAGCACCGAAGGAGGACUGCAAACACAGGGAUGCUGAGUAGGUUGUAGGAGUAGGAACGAGGACAGAAACGCCGGCAAUAUACUCCAAACACUUUCAAAUUCUGGUUUGCUAGGGCUGGACCUGAAUAUCCCGAAUAUCCGAAUAUUCGUUCGCUACGGCGGUAUCCGGAUAUUAAUUUUGGUAUCUGAAUAUUCGCCCCACCCCGCUGUCUUCUCUCCGCCUUCGGCACAUAUCGGCUCAUCUCGUCGCGUGAUCACAUAAACAUAUACACAUGUCUAUGUGAUCACCCCCUCCUCCCCCAGACGAAAAUAUUCGGAGCUCGUCUCUUCCCUUCGCCUUCGGCCCGCUUCGGCUCAUCCCGCCGUGUUCUUCGGCUCAUCUCGGCUCCUCCAUUCAUGUUUGUAAACACCACUCGUCUUUAAUAGGGCCCGAAUAUUCGGAGGCCAGAAGCCACUAUUCGGGCCAGCCCCAGCUGAGUGACACUAAAGGUCUGUAAGGCUUCCAAACAACAGCUAGAGGAACAUGUGAGUCACUGGAAACAUGCUGGCGAGAGGAUGAAAUAGGAAGCCAGUAUUCUGACAUUGUUCACUGUUUGGAACUGCGUAACACCACAAAGUGAACAAAGCCUGUGUCUGUCAAUUGGCAAGCUUGCUACAAAAGUACCUGAAACUCUUAAUAUGAAUUGAGCAACUGCAGUUUAAAGAUAAUAAUGAUUUCAUUAGUCCCAGUGCGGUCUGAAAGUAACAGAUCACCUGAAGAGAGCGCAGGAUGUCAAACAAUGAAUUAGUCCUUCUUUUUCAGUGUGGAUGUUUGCAUAUUUUUAAACUAUUUGGCUUCAAAACAGUGAAGUUGAGCAUAAUGUGGCACAUCGUCUUGGAUGCAAACCUGUUCUUCACCCUGUCUGUAAACCCUAAAUGUGAUUUCAGCUGGAAUAUACUGCCGGUCCAGUCCUCCUCCGUUAGUUUCCCCGUGGCUGAAGCAGCUUCAUGUACGUGGAGUUAUUUCCCAUUCACAGAUCAGGACAUUUCUGUAGAAUCAUGUUAUGCAUUACUCAUGUUCUUGUAAAAUGUAAUCUUAAAAUAUUUUUCAGUGCUGACGGUCCUUGUUUGAUGUUUUUUUGAUUUGUGUUUUUAUUGACAGAGCAUUUGAAAAGCCAGUUAUAGCUAAAUUCUUUUUCCAACACCAUAAAACGUCCAUUACUCCACGACCAGUCAAGGCUGUUGUUGCACUGAGAAGUGAUGUUUUGUACAGAGAAUUUUCAAACCCCGAGCUGCAUUGAAAUGCUAAAAUACGCCCCCUCUCUCCCACGAAAAAAACAAUAACACCUGCGUGAAUAUUAUCUUAUUGUCAUCUUUUUUGAUUAGAUGCCCACAUAGUGUCCAUUAGCCCUUUAUUAAUUUGGAUAUGUCUCGUUUCAGAGUCUCAUUUGUGGCUACUUGUUGUAUCCAUAUAACCUCUUAGCAUAGCUAAGUUUUUCUUGCUAACGACCUUGUUGAAAUCAUUAAAAAAUGUGGUUCAGUGUGCUGUCAGCCCAAAAUCUGUCAUCGUCAAGCUUGAAAGGUGCGUUUCGACCCAUCUUUGAUACCGACGAGGCAUUUUGGGUGGAGCAUCACCUUUUAAGAUGACUUCACCACCACCCACUUUUAAUCUGAGAAUAGCUCGGAUGAUAAUUAUUCUAUAGACAACAGCUGAGUCAGUGAGGAAAGAACUGUGAGAGGAAGCGUAAGCCAUAUCGAUGCCAAAUAUACUCGACGGAAAGCGAAAAGGUUAUCAGACUGCAGUCAUUUCAGUAUUACGUUGCUCGUGAAAGCUUGGUUUUAAUUAUCGGAACCAUUUUUUUUGUUUGUUUAUGCUCGGCACUAUUGAUCAAACGAUAUUUUGGUAUUUGGAGCUCUGUUUACCUAAAGCUGUUGCAGUAUUUUAUACUCUUUUUGCUACCUUUACAGUGAUGAAUCAUUCUGGGCAUAAUCAAAAGAUUAUUAAAAAGAAGAAGAAUGCUGUACAAUUUUCAGGAAAUGCAAGUUCAUGCUCAUCUUAAUCUUUACAAGUAUGUCAUACAAUCUCAAUACAUAUGGAGUUUGAAUGAUAUUGGUGUUUAUAUGUAUGAAUAUGGUUGAAUAAAAUUUAAUGGGCUAACCUUA